UUGCAGUGUUCUAAGUUCUAAGAAAUCCGUCAAAAGUUAAAAGUACAUUUUGUUUAUUGCAUUGCAUGUUUAUUGUAAACACCUUUUACGAAUUUACGAUACAAUAUUUUUGUGCGUGCCGUGUUGUAUAAUGUAUCGUAAAAGGACCGAUGUAUAUAAAAUUAUUCUAACAUUCUUAUAGUUAUUGGCCCAACAUGAACUUAUCUUGUAUAAAAUGGAAUCAUUUAAAUUCGUAACUUUAAUUUUUAUAUUAUCAACAUCAUGUGGAACCAGCCAGUGGGAUAUAAAAGCUAUAGCUAAAAAUAUAAGUCGGGAAAUUGAUGGACUGAAAAAUAAUGAGCUGGGAGUCCCUUUAAUACAAAAUUUGUACAACAAUUUUAUGUUUAUGCAGCCAACCAUUGACAUCUUGAAAAUUGUGAACACUCUAGCUCAUAAAUUGGAAACGAAAAUUACAGACAUAUUUUCAGGUCUUGAGAGUAGCCAGCUCAUAAUUGAUGCGAAGCUAUUUCACGAAAAUAUCACUAGUUUAAAUUCGUCAGUAAAUCCUUGUUUCCUAAAGGGCCCCAUUAGAACUAAUUAUGCCAACAAAAGUUUUAACAAAGACUUCCUGGAUUCAAUUGAUGUUUUAGAGAAAAUGAAGAGUUCAUUGAGUACAAUGUCGGAUGGUGUAAGAAGACAGUAUUUCAUAUCAGAUUUUGAAGUCCAAAGAUUGCAUAGAACACCAUUUCUGCAUUGUACAGAAUGUGAUGAAAAAAACAUUUGGAAUAACUAUAUUGAGAGAAAUAUCUAUCAAAGGAAAAACGUGAUUCUAGUUCUAGAUAUAGGCGGCAGUAUGAGCCUUAUGCAAUUUACGCUCCUUAAAGCUGUGGCUAAGAAAAUGUUAUCAGUAUUAAGCGAAAAUGAUAGAAUUACAAUUUUAACUGUAAGUUCUAGUUAUACUUACUUUGAAAGAGAUUGCAAUAAGUUUUACAAUCAAAACCUAGAUACUACACCAAGACUGAAACAAGCAACUGCAGCUUAUGUUAGAGAUUUAAACAAAUAUAUUGAUGCUAUAAUUAGUGAUCCAGGUUUGACAAAUCAUACCCUUAGCUUUGAAAAGAGCUUAGAGAUUGUACUGAACAGUUUUAACCAAAUAAAAAAUGAAACAGUUAUGAUAUUAUAUGUUAGUAGAGGCCUACUCUCAUCCCUGAUGGAACCCAAGCAAGUUUUAACAAUGUUGGAGAAAUUUACAGCAACAUACAACAUAUCAUUAUUUAUAAAUACAUGUGCCAUAGUUGAUGAAUUAAAACCAGUGGUGUAUGAACCCCAGUUCUUAUGUGAUAUAGCAUAUCAGAAUUACUCAAAAUAUAAUGUUCCUUCUCGACCAAAUCCAUAUCGUAAGCUUGGACUUAUGAUGAAAGUAGAUAGCAUGGAGAGUAUACCAUUUGCAGUAGAAAGGUUCUGUUAUGUCUUCAAUCCAUAUUCUCAUUUUGAAACAGGAACUAAGAUACAUCUGCCAACAUGGGACACCAAUAAAGAAGAUAUAAUAGUAUCUUUUACUAAAGGAUGGAAGAAUCAGAGUAACUUCUUUAUGCUAGGAAUUGACGUAUAUUUUUCAAAUUUGGCAGAAGAUAUUGUAUACUACAGUGGAGGCCAAGGUUAUUCUUAUUUUUUCCUCAUGGAUUUGAAUGGUAAUGUCAUUUAUCAUCCUUACUACAUGCGAGUCUCAGGAAAUACCUAUUCCAUAUUUAUUGAUUUGGAGCAUAUCGAAAAAGUGAUAAAUGUUGAGACCUUAAAAAAUAGACUAUUAACUGAGAAAAAGGGAAUUUUCCAAGGUUUUAGAGAAAAUAAUACUGAUUUGGUACAUUAUGCCUGGAGCAGAAUUAGUGAUUGGUACGUAGUCUGUUUGGUAAUUAAUACAAAGUAUGGUGCUCCUAGUAAACCUCAGAAGCCUGUUUGGUUUCAAAAUGACUUUUUGUACCAAAAUUUUGAAGAUUAUAAACUAUGUCGGCAUCUAAAUCUUCUAGCAACAAUAGAUGUAACGUCGCUUUACUUGAGUUCGUCUUGCUUUCGAUCACCAUUUCUAGCUUCACGUACCGCACAAAACAAAAUGCACAGCCAGGAUUAUGUGGCAUACUUAAAAGACGACAGCAGGUUGCUGAUAAACCCAGGCUUAAAAGAAGAAAUAAGAGAUGAAGUAUCUCUAUUGUCACACAUAUUAUCAUAUUUGAGAAAGCGUCAUCUACAAUCAGGAAUUUCCAAAUAUGUAGUGCGCCGGUUUGCAGCUUCAAAUUCUGGUGUUUUCCAAAUGUUUCCUGGAAGUACCAUCAAACCAGGGUGGACUCCUACGAAAAGCCGAUGGUAUUUCAAAGCGUCACAACACAAGGGAAACAGUGUGUUGGUUCCUCCAUACUUAGAUAAAGGGGGUGCAGGUUAUGUCAUCACUGUAGCUUAUGCUACUUCACAGUUGGUGGUAGGAAUGGACCUAACGUUUGGUUUUAUGUUGAAGAUGUUGGUAAACUAUAUACCUGACUGCUUGGAGCCUAAUAUCACUUGUUUUUUAGUAGAUGAUGACGGCUAUAUAAUUUAUCACCCCAAUUUGAUGACAACAAACGGGGCUAAACCAAUAGAACAACAGCACAUAGUACAUAAAGAGUCGCUAGUGGCUAAUGAUAUCUUGAAUCACAAACACUUCAUACAGAAACUUCUGUGUAACAGUUACGAUGAUGACACUAUACAGAGAUAUUACAGACUCAAUACUAGUUUUAAUGAUGUAUUAGUGAAUUUUGCUCCAGGAGAACAAUGUGUUAAGUACCAGAUAACCUCUAUACCACAGACCAAUGUAUUUCUUGGGGUGGUUAACGUCUCUUGUAAUAUCGGGGCUACUUUUUGUCCUUGUAACAUCGUAGAUAGGUUGUGUCUGAACUGUAAUAGGAUGGAACAGAAAGAGUGUGAGUGUCCUUGCGAGUGUCCUUUAGAAAACACGGAUAUAUGUGAACCUUCAUCAGUGCCUACCAAUAUGACAGAAAACAUACCUUGUAAGAAAUAUACCGAAGAAGCUUUGGGAAACAGCUUCAUAGUAAACUCAAAUAACAAUCUGGAAUCCUGUUUUCCGAUCAGUUGCCAUGAGCAGACUACUCAUUUAGACUGUUUGGGACUACUGGGUUGCGAAUGGUGCAUGUUUGAUAUGGAUCGGAAUUAUUUAAGAAAACCAUUCUGUGCAUCCAUUACUACUUGCUUCAAAGGAAUGUUUGACAUAUCUGAUACAGCCUUAGGACGACUUCCAAACGGUGCAGAAUUCUCUUCAGUAGGACCAAUAAUAUAUUCAAUCAUAGCCAUCACAAUAUUAUUUGUGUUACUAUUACUUUGUUACCGUUCUUAUUCUAAUCAAAUAAACGACAGAUUUUACGUGUCUUCUGCGCAGGACCAACUUAGAAUGAGUGAUUUAAAUAUCACUGAUAAUUUCAACGAUUUGGGAAAUCAUAGAGAUAAGUUAAUACAAGAAGAGCGACCAAAAGUGAUCAGCCCUUAUUGCGUCGCGGGUACCUAUAGGAGAACUGCGGGACCUACAGAUUCUGAUCAUGGGUACUCCACAAUGACACCUCACGAUGAGUCCGAGCGUAUGUCUUUGGCUCCUGUUGAAAUAGAGUCCUUGGACGACGACAUAUUUUCUGACACUACGUCAGUACGUACUAGUCCUCUUACCAAGGAUACUCCGAGAAUAUUUUCGCCAAUAUUCACGAGAAUUCCACAGAAGAAUUGUAUCACGGUGCCUGUCACCGUGCAUCACAAUGCAAAGACAUGACGGCUUGCUUUCUUGUUUUUAAUUGCCGAAAGCAAAGCCAUCUCAACUAAAUUCCAUACAUUUUUUAUUUCUUAUAGAAUUUUUAAUGAAAUUGUGUUGUUAUGUAUUGAUAGUAUUUUCGUUGCCAUGAUAUUUGUUAUAUUAAGUAAGUAAGUGUUUGUUAUUUUAGUGUUUUUAACCUUCCUAGUACCAAGUCAAUUUUACACCUAGUACCAGGUGGGGAAAAUUAUCGUCCCAGUGUUUUUUCUGAGUAUAUUUAUACAAAAUUAUUGUUAACAUGUAAUAUUUUAAGAUGUUAUAGUUUUGAAGACAAGUUUACCAAUAACUGUUACUAGAAAUAAUUUAAACAUUAAGAAAUAAUUUUAUUCAAAAUUUUUUAAAUCAACCCUUAACUACUGACGUGGAUGUUUCAGGACGUAGACUCUGACAUGCGGUAUGUCAUACCGUUGCCUAUUCUCCUUUGUUUUCAGUAUGAAUUUGUCUUAUAUCACUGUAUUUGUUUUUUUACGUCAACCAUGGAAUGAUUCUUCACACUGCUGUAGAAUAAAAUGCUACAAAUAAAAUAAACCUUAUUUUUUCAAGAAAAUUAUUAACGAAUGGAUAUUAAAACCAUGGUGGCGGUUCUUACAUAAUCCUUUAUAAACGGAAUUAUAAAAAACUUGAGUAUUGGUAACUCAAAAAUAGUAAAAUAGUAAACAAAAUAAGUUAUCAAUCGAAGUAGCACAGAAAACGGUAAUAAAUAUCGUUCCCAUACCAUCAGAAUGACAACAGGUGGAAUACUUUCUUUUGUUACAACCUCCCGAGAUUUUCAAAAGUUAUAAAUCAUACAGGAUGCCGAGAAAAUUAAGAUGAAGGAAUUUUAAAUAAUUCACGUCCCAUCUGCUCAGCGUGGUAAAAGUUCCAACAAGAAAGAUUCCUUAAUACUCAACAAAAGAGUAAAUGAAUAAAAGUAUAAACAUUUUCAAUUUCUUUGCAACACGAAAAUGCAGCCUCUGCAUAAUACUCUGGUUAAAUCGGAGAGUGCAGGAAGAGUCUAUACCGGUUUCGGAGGUUUUUCCUCCUCAUCAGUAGUCCCAUAUCCUAUUCUCUCCGAUUUCCCCAGGUACCAUGCUUUGGGCCUUUCCGGAGAGAAGAGGAUAUGGGACUACUGAUGAGGAGGAAAAAACCUCCGAAACCGGUGUAGACUCUUCCUGCACUCUCCGAUUUAACCAGAGUAUUAUGCAGCUGCUGCAUUUUCGUGUUGCAAAGAAAUUGAAAAUGUUAAUACAUUUUUAUUCAUUUAUUCUUUUGUUGAGUAAAGGGGUCUUUCUUGUUGGAACUUUUACCACGCUGAGCAGAUGGGACGUGAAUUAUUUAAAAUUCCCUCAUCUUAAUUUCCUCGGCAUCCUGUAUGAUUUAUAAUUUUUGAAAAUCUCGGGAGGUUGUAACCAAAGAAAGUAUUCCACCUGUUGUCAAUCUGAUGGUAUGGGAACGAUAUUUAUUGUCGUUUUCUGUGCUACUUCGAUUGAUAACUUAUUUUGUUUUUCUGUAGAUGGCUCUAGUUCAUCCGCGGCAUUUCGUUCUUUGUAAUUCGUUCUAAAGAAUUCGAAUUGACAGAGGAAAUGAAAACAUACGGUAUUGACAUCCUAGGCCUGAGCGAAACGAAGAAGAAGGGAAGAGGAAAUAUGAGAUGUGGCGAUGGUUACAAGCUCUUCUACUCAGGUGUACAAGAAAUGGAAAGAGCAAAAGAGGGAGUCGGUUUUAUAAUCACGGAUGAUCUGAGUGGGAGAGUUGUAAAGUACCAAGCAAUAAACUCUAGAAUAAUUACCGUGAGUAUAAAACUAGACGAGUUAGUUAGCAUAAUACAAAUAUAUGCGCCAGUCGAGGGCACAGAAGAACAGAAAAUGUCUCAAUUCUAUAGCGAACUCCAAACAGCUUUAGACGAAGUGAGAGAAGAUACUGAGAACAUAAUUAUUAUGGGAGACUGGAAUGCUAGAGUUGGAAAUGACAUCAACAAGGGACUUGGAAGCCUUGGGCGGUAUGGAGAAAAAGCUGAGAACAGAAAUGGGAAGAAGAUGAUACAAUUUUGUGUAAAUAACGACCUAAAAAUUGGAAAUACAUUCUGGUAUCAAAAUAUGGAGGACAGAUACACUUUUGAAGCACAAGAAAGAAAUGCUAAAAGUCUAAUAGAUUACAUUGUGAUUCCUGCAGAAAUGGAUAUUAUCAAAAAUAUAAAAACAGAAAAAUUUGCAGAACUAAAUACUCAACACAAGCUACUCGUAGCCGAAAUGACUACAAAGAAAAAGCAAUAUAUAGUCGAUAAGUCAUACACUAAGGUAAAUAUUAAGAAGCUGAAAACAGAGAAAGAGAAAAAUGACUAUAAAAAAGAAAUAUAUGAGGAAUUGCAAAGAAUGGAGCUGGAAAGAGAGCAAUUGGAUAUGGAAGAGAGAUGGAAAAUACUAAAAGACACACUAUAUAAAACAGCAGAGAAAAUUUGUGGAAAAAAGUCAAUAAAUAAAUAUCAUAAGAGAACAGAAUGGUGGAGUCAAGAACUAAAGAAAAUAAUAAAGGAAAAGAAGCAAGCCUGGAAAAAAUAUCAACAAUGUAGAGAUGAAAAUAACAAAGCAGAAUAAUAGAGAAACGGAAUAGAGCAAAGAUAGUAGUAAAGGAAGCGAAAAAUCUGAGCUGGGAAGAAUUCGGAAAAGAAUUGGAAGCAAAUUACAAAACAGAUAACAGAAAAUUCUGGAACCGUAUAAAAGGUUUAAGAGGGAAAAAAGGCAGGGAACAGUAUGGAAUCAAAGAUAAAAAUAACCAAUUGAAAAUAGAGACUACAGAAAUAGUAGAAGUAUGGAAACAAUACUACGAAGAUAAAUUCAAACACGAAGAAGUAGAAAGAUAUGAAGCAGGAAGAAAUAGACCAGAACUGGAGGAGGAAGAGGAACCAGAGAGUAUAAGGAAGGAAGAACUGGAAGAAGCUAUAAACAAUAUUAAACUUGGAAAAGCGGCAGGAGAGGACCAAAUAGAUCCAGAAAUGAUAAAAUUGAUGGGUGAAAAAGGAGAGGACUGGCUAUUACAGAUAUGCAAGGAAGCAUAAUAUGGAGUACAGAGAAAAUCCCAGAUGACUGGAAGAAGAACCUAGUUCUACCAAUAUACAAAAAAGGACAACAUAAUGAAUGCGAGAAUUAUAGAGCAAUAUGCUUGUCAUCGGUCGCCUUCAAGGUAUACACGAGAAUUAUAGAGAAGCGUCUAAGAUCAGUGAUAGAGAAAAAAUUGGAAGACGAACAGGCUGCAUUCAGAUCAAACCGUCAAACAAACGAUAACGUCUACAUCAUAAGAAAUAUAAUAGAGAGACAAUGCCUUAAAGGGAAUGAACUAUUUCUCAUGUUCGUCGAUCUGAAGGCGGCAUUUGAUACAAUAAACAGAAAUAUUGUGGAAAAUAUUGGAGAGCUAUAAUAUACCAAAAAAGAUGAUAAAAGUCAUAAAAUCUAUAUAUAUGGAAGUAGAAGGCCAAGUACAAAUAAAUGGAGAAAGAUCAGGCACUUUUAAAUGGGAUAAGGGAAUUAAACAAGGAGAUGGACUAAGCCCCUCUUGUUUAUAAUAGUCAUGGAUACUUUAAUCAAAAAUACCAAAGAUCAAACAAGAAACCUUCAAUACAUAGUAGGAUAUAAAAACUUAAAUGCAAUAAAGAUCAACUCUCCCUUCUAUACGCUGAUGAUAUAGUUUUAAUCACAGACACAGUAGAGAAAAUGCAGAAACUAAUAGAUAUUUGGCAAAAAGAGAUUCAUAAAUUAAAAAUGGAAAUGAACCUCAACAAAACAAAACUUAUGAUAAUAAAUGAAGAUGAGAAAAGAGAAAGGAAUACUAAUAUAAUAGCAAAGGAAAAAGUAAUAGAACAUGUAUCUACUUUUGAAUAUUUGGGAAAUAUAAUAACAGAUGAUGGGAAAACGGACUUGGCAAUAAGUAAUAAACUGAAGAAGGCAACUAGCGUGUACUACUCUUUAAAUAAUACAAUUUUUGGAAAGUCAGAAAUAAGCAACAAAACUAAACUCAAGAGUAUAUAACAGCAUAGUAAAUCCGAUAAUGACAUAUGGGGCGGAAACAUGGAUUGUCCAAAAGAAACAUGAAUCAAUGAUAAACGCGACCGAGAUGAAAUACAUGAGAAGAAUAGCCGGAGUUACGAAGUUUGACAGAUUCAGAAAUGAAGAUAUAAGAAGAGAGCUGGAACAAGAACCGAUAAUUAGGAAGAUCGAAAACAAACAAUUAAGCUGGUUUGGACACAUACAACGAAUGGAGCAAAAUAGACUUACAAAGAAGGUACAUGAAGCCAAAAUGGGAAACAAAAGAAAAAAGGGAAGGCCGAGGAAGACAUGGAUGGACCAGAUCCAAGAUAUAGGUGAAAGGAGACACAUCAGUAUGAGGGAUAUGAAGAACCUGGCCACCAAUAGAAGCAAUUGGAAGAAGUGGAUAAAAGGCGGAACCCGACAUCCGAUGCCCUGAAGGGCACUAAGGAUUAUGAGAAAGAAGAAGAAUUCGGAAAGGCCCAAAGCAUGGUACCUGUGGAAAUCGGAGAGAAGAGGAUAUAAGACUACUGAUAAGGAGGAAAAAACCUCCGAAACCGUUAUAGACUCUUCCUGCACUCUCCGAUUUAACCAGAGUAUUAUGCAGCUGCUGCAUUUUCGUGUUGCAAAGAAAUUGAAAAUGUUUAUACAUUAGUAAAAUAGUGUUUUCACUUGAAGGUGGAAAAAGGUAGUGAAAGCACUUGAAAGUAGAACAACUGGAUGAACUUGGUGCCAUACUAAUAGCGAAAGAAUACACUGAACUGCUUUUAACUAUAGAAACGUAAACACUGACAUGCGGUACGUGAUACCGCAAGAAAACUUUACGUCAACGUAACUUAAAGAAUAAGCUAUACUAAAACUGCAGCAGUUGGGAGCAGGUACAAUAAUUACAUACCACUUGAAGGUACACAGAUGGUGAUUUAGAAAUCUUUUAUAAAACACGUUUUACAACAAAAUAUAUUUUAGACAAGGUAUGACACAGUGGCGGCUCAUGGCUUUAGGAACAGGGUCGGCAACGUUUUGUCUCCUCAGAUACGUAUGCCAUCUAAUUAAAAGUCUUCAAUUUCGUAGGAGAUUUUUGGUUUUUGUUUUUUUUUAUUUUUUGUUUGUUUUUUUUUUCCUAUAAAUUUCGAACUUAAAUCUGUUUAUAAAUUAACUCUAGUCUAUGUUGUUUCGAACUAGCAAAAUGGGUUAUAACGUCAUUGUAAAAUUUAUUAUUGUUUUGGAGAGAUUUCAAAAGUUGUUUUCUAUUGACAUUUGCGACAAGUUUGACAUUCUCUCUUGUUUCAUGGUGUUUCGACAAUACGUUUUGAUUCUUUUGAGACAAGAGAAAUCCCGUUCAUUUGAGGCAGAAUUUGCCCACAUUUGAGCACAAUAAUUUAUUAAUUUCGGCAACAGUUUGUUGUACCUAAUGAAUUGCAGUAUAUAAAAUUAUACAUAUUUUGUAACUUAUCCCACCUUCCGAAAAUAUUUGGAUCAGCAUAAAAAAACUGUUAAUCCAUUUUCUUAUUUUAUUUGAUUAAAGAGUGAUGGAUAAUUUUUAAUGAACUUGUCUAAUAGAUAUUUUGAAAAUUCUUUGACGUAACUUUUAAAUUUUGAAUCGUCAAAGAGGUCAAUGACUUAUAACAGUGAGAAAAUAAUAGUUUUGCCUGGUGCAAUAGUUUUAACUUUUACCUGCGGAGACCGUACAAUUCACCGGUCAUAAAUUUGCCUUACCAAUUUAUUUUUGAUAUCAAAAAAUUUUAAUCUGUCCUUUAAAACACCAAAAAUAUAUUCUCGUCUUAUGGCUUCUACUCACGUCUGAAAACCUAAAAACCUCUCAUAAAUAUUAGACGUAACGCGUAUCGAAGAACAAUUGGUACUUGUGAAUGACAUGUUACAUCUAUCAGUAGUUUCGUCCACUUCUACCGAAAAGGAUCAAAAUGUAACUUCUAAUUGAUUCUUUCAUUCUGUGCUGUUUUAGGUACACCGCUAAAUGUCUUCGAGUCAGAAAGUAAAUUAGCAAAUUCCAGAUCGUAUUUGUUAAACAAUUUUAUUUGUUCUCUAUAAUUAACUUGAUUUAACGAAGGCUCCGAUUCAUCCUGUCCCCUAAAUGGUAAUUCCUAACAACUUAAAAAAAUUACAAUAUCAAUAAUUAAAAGACGUAAAACUACUUACCGAUUUCAUAAUUUUAUGCCCGGCGCGCUAGCAAGGUACGUGGCUAGGUACGUGCCUUGCUGCCGUUUGCAGAUCACCGCUCGGUAGAUUGGUAUCUGCCGUACUUGCCAUUCAAAUAAAUACGGGGAAUGUAUAAUUGGUUGCCUAUCGGCUAAUAUUCCAUAGCUUCUUAUUACAAGCAAAUCGUCAAUCUGGGGACGGCUUGCCGAAGCGGGCCUUAUAAGAAUUCACACAAUCGCAAUCGGGUGCAUGGCUAUAGGAUCAUUAAUUUGAAAAGUCUCUUACGAACAGCGCACAGGGAACGUGCCUUGCUGCCGUUUGCAGAUCACCGCUCGGUAGAUUGGUAUCUGCCGUACUUGCCAUUCAAAUAAAUACGGGGAAUGUAUAAUUGGUUGCCUAUCGGCUAAUAUUCCAUAGCUUCUUAUUACAAGCAAAUCGUCAAUCUGGGGACGGCUUGCCGAAGCGGGCUUAUAAGAAUUCACACAAUCGCAAUCGGGUGCAUGGCUAUAGGAUCAUUAAUUUGAAAAGUCUCUUACGAACAGCGCACAGGGAUCACUUAACGUAUCGGAUCGAUCGAAUUAUUUUAAAAACAAUGAAUAAAAUUUAAUCUGUAUUAUCUCAGAUAUUUUUUUUUAUUUCACAGAAACGAAUAUCAUCAACUCUGAUUAAAUUAAAUAUUUAAAAAAAUCUAUGUGUCCAUAAAUGUGUGGGUAGGCACUGCCGACCCUGACUAGCCGCCACUGGUAUGACAUACCGCAUGUCAUUGGUUAAGGGUUAAAAAAUCUCAUUUAUUACAUAUUUUAACUUUUUUGCUGUGUGAUGUAUACACAAUAUAAUAAAUUUGAACAUUUUCUUUGUUAUUGGCAAUUUUCUUUUAACUUUCUUUCUUGGGCAAAUAUGCCACCUUCCUUUUCUUGUUGGUUGUGGUGAAUUCGGUUCUUUCCACAAUCGCCCCCCCCUGGUAUUAGGAGGGUUAAAAUAAGUCAUUUCUAUGUUCUAUUUUAUAUUUAUGAAUUGAUUCCUGAACAAACCAUUAUUUGCUAUGGUUUGCUUGAUUUUACUAAUACUGUGUAUUACAAAAUACAGGAAAAAUUUGUAAAAAUUACAAAAUAUUAAAUUUUUCAGACAAUAGACUAUGUACUCUCUUCCAAUACUUACAUUCAAUAAUGUUUUUUAUAUAUUUAUUAAAUUUUUUUGACAUCGCUUUUUUUAUUCCUGUAAUUUCUCAUAUUUUCUUUGUAAUUUUUCAUGCUCUUUUAAUAUCGAGAUUUCCUCUCUAAAUCACUUUUGCUCUUUUCUUAAUGCUUUUAGUUUUUCCUUCAUAUCAUAAUGUAUUCCGACUUUUGUGUUUCAUCAAAUGUAACUUUUUCUCAAUUGGCCUUAUUUUUUUACUUUUAAAAAGAGGGUAGUCGUGCUCAGUUUCAUCUCAUUUUCUUUUUAUGUACUCAUCACUGUUAUCUCCCUCUUUUAUACAAAUUUUUCUAUCCAUUUUACUAAACAGUAGUCAUCAUUUAUUUAUUAGUCAAUACCAUACACGCCGGCAGCACUGUAUGCUGCUCUAGCGACAACUCGGAGAGCACUUUUCGCCUUCUUUUUCAGUGCAGAUCAACUCUGAUACACUACCACUUUCAGAGUAAAUUUGACCGACUAAAGAGAUGAUUGGUUAAGAGUAAGACUUGUAAAUAUGUUCCAUAUAUGUACAUUAUCUACUGUUUUAAAUGUGGUAAAAGGAAUUCUGACAAAAUGGUCUCUAUUUGUAGAGAUACGUCAAACCCUUUUAUACUAACACUUACAAUAAUAUUGCUAUAUGUAUAGCAUAUUGUAUUUUUAUAAAUAUUUUUUUUAUAGUCAACGUUGUUGUAAUUUUGACUUUCUCUCUCUUUGCCAUUGAAUUAAGACUGAUCGUUACUCUAUUUUUAACCAGUAUUAUAAGAUGAUUCCUGUGUAUAUUGUCAUUUUUAUUUCAUCCAAUUGCACAUUUUUAUAAAAACACAUUCUACUCAUAUUAGUCCAAAUGUUUUACAAUUUUUUUACCGUGUAAUUGUGUUUUUAUAAACAUUGUGUUUUCAUUAUUGUCUUCCCACUAAAGAGAGGGAAAAGUUUUAUUGAUUGAAUUAAAAAAGUUUAAUUGUA